AUGUACAAUGCUCUCAAGAAACUUGGUUUCACUAUUGUUCUGCUAACUGGUCGGGACGAGGACCAAAGGAAUGUCACGGAGACAAAUCUACGAGAUGUUGGUUAUUCUGGUUGGGAAAGGCUUAUCUUGAGAGGUCCAGAUGAUCAAGGGAAGUCAGCUACGAAUUACAAAUCGGAGCAGCGGUCGAAAUUGAUCGACCAAGGCUUUAAAAUCCAUGGCAACACCGGUGAUCAGUGGAGUGAUCUUCUAGGCUUUGCCGUGGCUGACCGUUCUUUUAAAGUCCCAAACCCGAUGUAUUACAUUCCUUGA